GGGAAUUUCAAGAAUACCACCGGAUGGUGGAGUACCACUGAUGAGAGAGCGGGCAAAUAAAGAAGGGCUCUUUUACUUCGCAUUGUGCUUCCACGCGGAUACUGGUAAACGCCACAGGAGGAUUUUCUUCACCUGCUGCGUGCGGUGCCCAAGUAAGGAGGGGUGCUUCUCGUAACCGCCAACAAUGUCACAGAGGAGUGGGCAAGAGGACCCAGAGCGUUACCUCUUUGUGGAUCGCGCCGUGGUCUACAACCCAGCCUCGCAGGCGGAUUGGACCGCUAAGAGGCUGGUAUGGGUCCCGUCGGAGCGCCACGGCUUUGAGGCGGCCAGCAUUCGUGAAGAACGCGGUGAAGAGGUGUUCGUGGAGCUGGCGGAGAAUGGGAAGAAGGCCUCAGUCAACAAAGAUGACAUCCAAAAGAUGAACCCGCCAAAGUUCAGCAAGGUGGAGGACAUGGCCGAGCUCACUUGCCUCAAUGAAGCUUCCGUACUACACAACCUCAAGGACCGUUACUACUCAGGUCUCAUUUAUACAUAUUCUGGCCUCUUCUGCGUAGUCAUAAAUCCCUACAAAAACCUCCCCAUCUACUCAGAGAACAUAGUGGAAAUGUACAGAGGCAAGAAAAGGCAUGAGAUGCCCCCUCACAUCUAUGCCAUCUCAGAAUCUGCUUACAGAUGCAUGUUACAAGAUCGAGAGGACCAGUCCAUUCUUUGCACCGGAGAGUCAGGAGCUGGCAAGACUGAGAACACAAAGAAGGUCAUCCAGUACCUAGCACAUGUUGCCUCCUCCCACAAAGGAAGGAAAGAUCACAACAUUCCUCCAGAAUCUCCUAAACCAAUGAAGCUGCAGAGUGGAGGCCUCUUUUAUGGUGAACUGGAACGUCAGCUUUUACAAGCCAACCCCAUCCUCGAAUCAUUUGGGAACGCAAAGACUGUGAAAAACGACAACUCGUCACGUUUUGGAAAAUUCAUUCGCAUCAACUUUGAUGUCACUGGCUAUAUUGUUGGGGCCAACAUUGAAACAUAUUUAUUGGAGAAAUCCAGAGCCAUCCGCCAAGCCAAAGAUGAGCGCACCUUCCACAUUUUUUACCAGCUGUUGGCCGGAGCCGGAGAACACCUCAAAUCUGACCUGCUUUUGGAGGGAUUUAACAACUACCGUUUCCUGUCCAAUGGCAACAUCCCAAUCCCAGGACAGCAGGAUAAAGACAACUUCCAUGAGACCAUGGAGGCCAUGCACAUUAUGAGCUUCUCCCAUGAGGAGAUACUGGCCAUGUUGAAAGUGGUGUCGUCGGUGCUACAGUUUGGAAACAUUAUCUUUAAAAAGGAAAGGAACACUGACCAGGCUUCCAUGCCUGAUAAUACAGCUGCUCAGAAGCUGUGUCAUCUGUUGGGCAUGAGUGUCAUGGAGUUCACCAGGGCCAUCCUCUCACCAAGGAUCAAAGUGGGAAGAGACUAUGUCCAGAAAGCUCAAACCAAAGAGCAGGCCGACUUUGCUGUGGAGGCCUUGGCUAAAGCAACCUACGAGCGUCUCUUCCGUUGGCUGGUACAUCGCAUAAACAGAGCUCUGGAUAGGACCAAAAGACAGGGCGCCUCCUUCAUUGGCAUUCUGGACAUUGCUGGCUUUGAGAUCUUCCAGCUGAACUCUUUCGAGCAACUGUGCAUCAACUAUACCAAUGAGAAGCUGCAGCAGCUCUUCAACCACACCAUGUUCAUCCUUGAGCAGGAAGAAUAUCAGAGGGAAGGAAUCGAAUGGAGUUUCAUUGACUUUGGCCUCGACCUUCAGCCCUGCAUCGAUCUCAUUGAGAGGCCUGCAAACCCUCCAGGGGUAUUAGCUCUAUUGGAUGAGGAGUGUUGGUUCCCCAAGGCCACAGACAAGACCUUUGUGGACAAGCUAAUCCAGGAACAGGGUACACAUACCAAGUUCCAGAAACCACGCCAACUCAAAGACAAAGCUGACUUCUGCAUCAUCCACUAUGCUGGAAGGGUGGACUAUAAGGCAGAUGAGUGGUUGAUGAAGAACAUGGACCCCCUCAAUGACAACGUGGCUACGCUACUGCAUCAGUCCGCUGACAAAUUUGUGGCAGAGCUGUGGAAAGACGAGAUUCAGACCAUUCAAAGGGCUUCAUUCUAUGACAAUGUCACUAGUCUGGAUGAGCCAGCAGUGGAUCGUAUAGUGGGCUUGGACCAGGUGGCAGGCAUGAACGAGACCGCAUUUGGUGCCACCUAUAAAACGAAAAAGGGCAUGUUUAGGACUGUGGGUCAACUCUACAAGGAGUCACUCACCAAGCUCAUGGCCACACUGAGGAACACCAACCCUAACUUUGUCCGCUGUAUCAUCCCCAACCACGAAAAACGGGCAGGUAAGCUAGAGCCUCAUCUGGUUCUGGACCAGCUGAGAUGCAAUGGAGUUUUGGAGGGGAUCCGUAUCUGCAGACAGGGCUUCCCUAAUCGCAUUGUCUUCCAGGAGUUCAGACAGAGAUAUGAAAUCCUCACUCCCAAUGCUAUCCCCAAGGGGUUCAUGGAUGGGAAACAAGCUUGUGAGAGAAUGAUUCAAGCCCUUGAGCUGGAUCCCAAUCUGUUUCGCAUUGGCCAAAGUAAGAUCUUCUUCAGAACUGGUGUCCUGGCUCACUUGGAGGAGGAGCGUGAUCUGAAGAUCACUGACAUCAUCAUUUACUUCCAAUCUGUGUGCCGUGGAUACUUGGCACGCAAGGCCUUUGCCAAGAAACAGCAACAGCUAAGUGCCCUAAAGGUUCUCCAGAGGAACUGUGCUGCUUAUCUAAAACUGCGACACUGGCAGUGGUGGAGACUCUUUACCAAGGUGAAGCCUCUUCUGCAGGUUACUAGACAGGAGGAGGAGAUGCAAGCCAAAGAUGAGGAGCUGCUCAAGGUGAAGGAGAGGCAGCUGAUGGUGGAGAAUGAUCUUGUAGAGAUGGAGAGGAAACACCAACAGCUUUUGGAGGAGAAGACAAUUCUUGCAGAGCAGCUUCAGGCAGAAACAGAGCUGUUUGCUGAGGCUGAAGAGAUGAGAGCUCGUCUGGCCUCCAGGAAGCAAGAGCUCGAGGAGAUCCUUCACGACUUGGAGUCUCGGGUGGAGGAAGAGGAGGAGAGGAAUCAGAGUCUACAGAAUGAGAAGAAGAAGAUGCAGUCACAUAUUCAGGACCUAGAGGAGCAGCUUGAUGAGGAAGAGGCCGCACGACAGAAGCUUCAACUUGAUAAAGUGACUGCUGAGGCAAAGAUCAAGAAAUUAGAAGAAGACAUUGUGUUGCUUGAGGACCAAAACACCAAGUUCCACAAGGAGAAGAAGCUUCUGGAAGACCGAAUCAAUGAAGCGACUACCAUGCUGACGGAGGAGGAGGAAAAGGCAAAGAACCUUGGAAAACUUAAGAAUAAGCAGGAGAUGAUGAUGGUCGAUCUGGAGGAGCGUCUGAAGACGGAAGAGAAAACACGUCAGGAGCUUGAAAAGGUCAAGCGUAAGCUGGAUGCUGAGACGACAGAUCUGCAGGACCAGAUUGCUGAGCUCCAGGCACAAAUUGAAGAAUUGAAGAUGCAAUUGGCCAAGAAGGAGGAGGAGCUGCAGGCUUCUUUGGCUAGGAAUGAUGAAGAGACAGCGCAGAAGAACAAUGCUCUCAAGCAGAUCCGAGAGCUGCAAGCCCAACUGGCUGAGCUGCAAGAGGACCUGGAGUCCGAGAAGAUGUGUCGAAGUAAAGCUGAAAAACUAAAGCGGGACCUCAGCGAGGAGCUGGAGGCUCUGAAGACUGAGCUGGAGGACACACUAGACACCACCGCUGCGCAACAGGAACUCAGGACCAAACGAGAGCAAGAAGUAGCUGAGCUGAAAAAAGCGAUUGAUGAGGAGAGCAAAAACCAUGAGGCCCAAAUCCAGGAAAUGAGGCAGCGGCACGCCAUCGCGCUGGAGGAACUGUCUGAACAACUGGAUCAGGCAAAGAGAUUCAAGUCUAAUUUGGAGAAGAACAAGCAGUGUCUGGAAAACGACAACAAAGAGUUGGUCUGUGAGGUGAAGCUUCUGCAGCAGACCAAGACAGAAUCCGAACAUAAAAGGAAGAAGCUGGAGUCUUUAAUGCAGGAGUUCACGGCUAGAACCACUGAGAUGGAGCGGGCAAAGGGGGAGAUGGCCGACCGUUCCCACAAACUCCAGAUGGAGCUGGACAAUGUGUCGGCCCUGCUGGAGGACGCGGAGAAGAAGGGAAUUAAACUGGCCAAGGAUGCUGACAACCUAGGAAGCCAGCUGCAGGAUGCCCAAGAGUUACUGCAGGAGGAGACUCGCCAAAAGCUUAACCUGGGUAGUAGAGUGCGUCAGCUGGAGGAGGAGAAGAACACCUUGCUGGAACAGCAGGAGGAAGAGGAGGAGGCUCGCCGCAAUUUGGAAAAACAGCUGCAGACGGCCCAGGCUCAGCUGAUGGAGACCAAGAAAAAGCUGGAAGAGGACGUGGGAGUCAUGGAGGGCUUGGAGGAGCUGAAAAGAAAACUCCAGAAAGAUGUGGAGCUGAGCAACCAGCGUCUGGAGGAGAAGGCCAUGGGCAUGGACAAGAUGGAGAAAACCAAAAACCGACUGCAGCAGGAGCUGGAUGACCUAAUGGUUGACCUGGACCACCAGAGGCAGAUUGUCUCCAACCUGGAGAAGAAGCAGAAGAAGUUUGACCAGAUGUUGGCUGAGGAAAAGACCGUGUCUGCUCGAUACGCCGAAGAACGUGACCGUGCGGAGGCUGAGGCCAGGGAGAAAGAAACCAAGGCCUUGUCCAUGGCCAGGGCUCUAGAGGAGGCUCUGGAGGCCAAGGAGGAGCUGGAGAGGUUCAACAAACAACUCCGUGCAGAAAUGGAGGACCUAAUGAGCUCCAAAGACGAUGUAGGGAAAAAUGUCCACGAGCUGGAGAAGUCCAAGCGUACGCUGGAGCAACAGGUGGAGGAGAUGCGAACUCAGCUGGAGGAGCUGGAGGAUGAGCUGCAGGCAACCGAGGACGCCAAAUUACGUCUGGAGGUUAACAUGCAGGCCAUGAAGGCCCAGUUUGAUAGAGAUUUGCAGGCGAGGGACGAGCAGGGCGACGAGAAGAAGAGGGCGCUUGUCAAACAGGUGCGUGAAAUGGAGGCAGAGUUAGAGGACGAGAGGAAACAGAGGACGCUCGCUGUGGCCUCCAAGAAGAAGCUGGAGAUGGAUCUCAACGAGCUGGAAGGACAGAUAGAAGCAGCCAACAAAGGCAGAGACGAGGCAAUGAAACAACUAAAAAAAUUACAGGCACAGAUGAAGGACUACCAGAGGGAGCUGGAGGAGGCGCGGGCCUCCAGGGAUGAGAUCUUCACGCAGUCCAAAGAAAACGAGAAAAAACUCAAGAGUCUUGAAGCUGAAAUCUUGCAACUACAAGAGGACCACGCGGCGUCUGAACGAGCCCGCCGGCAUGCCGAACAGGAGCGAGAUGAGCUGGCUGACGAAAUCUCCAACAGCACUUCCGGAAAAUCCAUGUUGCUAGAAGAAAAAAGGCGACUGGAGGCUCAAAUUGCCCAGCUUGAAGAAGAGUUAGAGGAGGAGCAGGGAAACACUGAGCUGCUUAACGAGCGCUUCAGAAAGAGUACGAUUCAGGCAGAGACUUUAAACACAGAGCUGGCUGCAGAGCGCGCUGCCUCCCAAAAGAGUGAGAACGCUCGGCAACAGAUGGAGCGCCAGAACAAGGAGCUGAAGGCCAAGCUGGCAGAGCUGGAAGGCUCGGUCAAAUCCAAGUUUAAGGCUUCGAUCAUGGCGUUGGAAGCUAAAACUCUGCAGCUGGAGGAACAGCUCGAACAGGAAGCAAAAGAGCGAGCAGCAGCCAAUAAAUUAGUCCGGCGCACGGAGAAGAAGCUUAAGGAGGUAAUGAUGCAGGUGGAAGACGAGCGACGUCAUGCCGACCAGUACAAAGAACAGGUGGACAAAGGCAACUCGCGUAUGAAGCAACUGAAGCGUCAGCUGGAGGAAGCCGAGGAGGAAGCCACCAAAGCCAACGCGUCUCGCAGGAAGCUGCAAAGGGAGCUGGACGACGCCAGCGAAGCCAGCGAGGGACUCAGCCGAGAAAUCAGCAGCCUCAAGAGCAGACUCAGGCGAGGCGGUCCCGUGGGCUUUUCGUCGGGCCGCUCGGGUCACCACAACUUGAACGUGGACGGCGCCUCCGCGGACCGCUCGGACGACGACGCCGACAGCCGCACCAGCGACUUCAACGACAUCGGCAACCUGGAGUGAACACGUCCGCCCGCUAACACCGCACUCUACAGCCGUACCUUGACUUAUGAGCGCCCGCGAGUAUUUUACGCUUCUAGAAAAAUUGACCGAUUGGCUGAAAACACAGAUAUACGCACAAGCACUUUACACAAACAAUACCAAGUUAUUCAACUCACAUUUCUGACAUUUAAAUAAUACACUUUAAUUGUAAUGCUAAAUGUACACUGCACAAACAGAUUUUUUUUAAUGAUAUAAAAACAAAUACAGAAUAAAAAAUAGUACCAUUUGACCUCAUUUUGUUUUUGGCGCUAGUGUUUUCCAAAUUAUUUUACAUUCAUUUUAAUACCAUUAUUAUUGCAAAUUUUCCAAAAAUGUGACAUUUGAACUCAUUUCAUUGGCGAAAACAUGGAACAGAUUUAACUCUUAAGUCAGGGCACUGCUGUUUUUUUUUUUUUUUUUAAAUAAACGGACACUCCGACAUUUGUUGCACGUGGAGGAAAUUUUCCUUGCAACAUUGACAUCCCCGGAAAUAAACAAACAUAUUUAGUCUCACGUGGAAAACCUGUUGAGCAUAUUAUCCACCUUAAGGUCUAUUAGUUAGACGAUUUGGGAAAACUCUGGAUAGUCUCAUUUAAAGUGCACAUCAUCUCCUUUGUGUAAAAGGACAAAGAUUCAACGUCUGUUUCUUUAAACGUGCCUUAGACACUAAAUAAGAACAUCAACGGCCGAGGAUUUUUGCUCCAAAAGCUAAACCGAUACCAUUUAUCGUUUUCUUGUGUUGCUUCAUAUCAGCACGUGAUGAUGCGCCACUCGCCAUCACAGUUGAACUCAUUUCGGCUCCGAAUCGGAAGAACUCGCGGGCCGCCGUUGACGGCGACAGAUGUUAUUUCCAUUUGAAGUGAGAGGUACGGCAGCGAAUCGACGUCCAUCGUCGUCACUGGCAGCCCACGGGUAAAUAAAUUUCAAGUUAUUGUUGUACAGCAUCUUUUGCAUUUGGUUGGAAGCUUUAACAUCCUCAAAUAGUUCAUUAACAACCAGUUGAUAUUAGUGUUACAAUGCUGAUGAUUGUUGUUAUUAUCCAGCAGGCAUUCCACUACAAAUACUCCCAGUGUUAUUUCUUGUAUACUUGGAUUUCUAGACAAUAAUCAUUUUUUUUCUUUUCUUUUUGUUUUUUUAAAUAAGGAAAAUAAAGCGGAUUCAUUGUUUUCAUGUCCUUUCGCCUCAAUUGUUUCCUUUGGGAUGUUUGUGUUCCUUGCUAAAGUUUGUGUAAAUAUUGAAAAUUAUUAUAAUUCAGAAAAGUUCAUUACCAAGAAGAAAAUACUUGCAGGUGGAAUAAAGGAAAAAAGGAGUGAAAUACCACAUUUCAUUUCAAGCCUAUUACUGGAGUGUUUAUGCCUGCAACCAAGGAUA